AUGAUUUAAACUCCUACGAACCUAAGUAAAAAUCUAGAUAAGUCGAAGACUUAAGAGUAAGAGACGCUUGUAUCAAUCGACAUACUGCUAGAGAUGGAGAAAUAAGUGCAAGAGUCUUAUGAAAAUUAGCCUAAAUCAUCGAAUGUUCAGUCUUAUUUUAACAGUGUUAAGAUAUUCUUGGGAAAUGUUUUCUUAACAAUGCCAAAUGUAUUUUCUUAGACAGGCUGGCUUGGAGGAGUAAUUCUCUAUAGUUUCAUUGCUGUUUUAAACACCUAUACAAUGAAUUAAAUGAUUUGGGUUGGCAGAGUAUAUUCCAAGAAGAAAAAUGUGCACGGACUUACUACUAAUGUUACCUCAUAUACUGACUUGUCAUAUAGAAUUCACGGUGAUAAUGGCAAAAUAUUUGUCAUUAUUUUUAUGUUCAUUGCAUAGCUAUCAUGCUGUAUUGGUUAUUUGUACUUUGUAGCUCUGAAUAUAGACACUAUCAUUUGUGAUUAAACUAAUGGUGGCUUUUGUGAUAAAAAAGUACUAUAUAAGUUUCUAAUGCUGAUUCCAACCAUACCAAUAAGCCUUAUAAAAACCUACACAUAUCUUAGUUAUGUUUCUAUGGUAGGUAUUUUAUGUGCAGUCACCGGAGGUAUAAUGAUGAUUGGUUACAUGGGUAAGGAGCUAGAAGAUGGUACAUAUGUCUAAGAAGACAUGAAGUUAUUCGAUGUCAGUUAAUUCUUUGGUCAUAUUGGAAUCGCCAUGUUUAUUUUCGAGGGUAAUGGAGUUGUUUUGAAUCUUAACCAUGUAGCUAAAAACUAAAAAAAAUAUCCAUCAAUAUUAACGUCAGCAGUAGUCAGCGUGAUAAUCUGGUAUCUGAUUAUUUCAUGCAUUGGAUAUAGCACUUUUAGAGGGGAAGUUAAGGAAUAUGUCACUUCAAACUUACCAAUCAGUGGAUUUACUAUUCUAAUUUAUGUGCUUUUCAGUUUCAAUGCUAUAGCAUCAUAUCCAGUUUAGAUUCUUUGUGCUUUUGAAAUUGUAGAAGACCUUAAGUUUUUCAGACAAGAAAGAGACUCAAAGCUCGUCAAAAACAUCAAAAUCUACACAGAAAGAAUAGCAAUCAUUGUGGUUGUUACAAUCGUUGCAGUGCUAGUACCUAAGUUUGUAGAUUUCCUAAACAUAUCAGGAUCCGUAAGUUCCUCAGUUUUAGGAUUUAUCCUUCCACCCUUAUAUUACUUCAGAUGUUACGGACUCGUCAAUUUGAAGUGGUGGGACAUCGCCUUCAAUGUAUUCCUAAUCUUAUUUGGAAUAUUUGGAGGAAUCUACUCACUUUACACAUCAAUUGACAAUCUAAUCAAUGGAUGA